GAAAGAUUUAGGUGCUGAAAUUACUACAUACCUAUGGCUGAAGAUGAGCGACUUUAAACAUCUAUCGAAUUCUUCUGAAACUUUUAGGUACAACCCCUCAAGCCACCAAUGGUCACAUGGACAUUCCCGUCUUUCGGACGGAAGAGGGCAGAUAUCUUGCUAAGUCUCUCGGCGAUCCUUUGAUUAAAGGUCUGACCGAAGUGGCAAACGCAAAGCCUAAAGAUCCGGUCGCGUUCCUUGCAAGUUUCCUACACAACUUUCCUGACCAUGAAAAGCCUCAUUUAGGUACGCAGGAAUCAAAAGUGUUCGUAGCGCGUCAGAUGGCUGAGGUAGAGAACAAUGAUGCUCCGCCUUCACAGCCACCGGAGCCAGAAGUUCCUGUGAUCACCGACAAGCGAACUGGGACUCGGACGGCGACGCGGCACCGGCCCAUCGACGUCGUAACCGUGGACCCACAGCCAGAGAUCAGCCCUGAUGGCCCCGAGGCUGCUUUCAGCAGUGCCAAUAGAGACGAGCAUGGACAGUCGAUGCUGCACUUCGCAGCUGCAAGAACGCAUACCAGGAACGCCUUAUUCCAACUUCUCCAAGAAUCGGACGUCAGUUUGGGCUACAGGGACGAGUUGUACCGAACAGCAAGAGACGUGUCUAUUCAGGCUAAUGUGCCAGAAAACACGGCUGAGAUAGAUAGGUGGGUCGUCCACUUGGCCGCCAGGGGGAACAAAGAGAAAAUAAUGGAGCUUUUAUUGGAAGGAUACGACCACAUUUUGGAUGUAGUGGACGAGGAAGGGAUGCCAAUAAUGGAAGUAAUCACUCAACGGCGUGACACUGAAAUGGGAAGCCUGCUUGCUUCGAUACCUACCUUCGAGGAAUCACGGGAAUCCCUUCACGGAGCGAUCAGACGAGGCGACCUGUCGGCUGUCGAGGAACUGCUCUCGGCUGAGGGUGGCAGGACCCUCGCUAGGGGACAGAACACCUUCGGCAGAACGGCAAUGCACAUAGCCGUGCUGGCCCAGCACGAGGAUAUCGUGGCUUACUUGGCGCAAUCCUUCCCGGAAUUGCUGAGGAUAGGGGACAAUUUGGAACGCACACCACUACAUUACGCGAUGGGAGUAGAGAAGAUAGAGUCACUGAGCAGAGUACUAAUACGGGCAGGGGCCAAGCGUGUCCUGAAAGACCUGAAGGGGCGUCAGCCCACGUACUACUUUAUGAACAAAUCCGACAUACUACGGCUCAAGGAAGAGGAGGAAGCUUACUGAAAGAAGUGAUAAGAUCGACAUCUCUAUGCAGCCAUAGUGUAACAAUUCAGCACCCUUAGAAAACAAAAAAAAAACAGGAAUUUUGCUCUGGAUGAAUGGAUAGCGAUGAAUGACUAGAAAACGCUUUUUACGCACCUAUUGCAAUAUAAUUUUAUUUUGGUGUAAAAUUGAAACUUUAGAUCUCGUGUGCCGAAUGUUUAAACGUAGUAUUUGUGAAUUUUCUAUCGUAUUAUUCGACUUUAUACUUGACGGGACCCUGUUAAAGAAAAUUUAUUCUAGAUUUAGAAAUAAAAAAUCAGAUAAAGUUAAAA